ACAUAACCUUUUCGUAAACGCUUUUCGGUCUCGUAUUCUCAGGUUCCAAAAUGACUGGCUGCGUUGCAAUUAAUUGCAGUAAUAGAAGCGAAAAAGGGUUUAAACUUUUUCGAAUUCCAAUAAAUAUGGAGCGACGAAAAAAGUGGCUUCAAAAUCUAAAUCUUCGCCAUGAACAGUGGAUAUCAAGCAAAUCAGGUUGUGUCUGUGAAGUACACUUUGAGGAUUCACAGUUCGAAAGUAGUCGUGUCGACGGUUGGAAAAAAUUAAAGCCAAAUGCGGUUCCUACUUUAUUUCCAUCUCGCAGGAUUGAUUCAUCUCCAAGGAAGUCUCCAUACAAAGUAAAUAAGCUUGUUACUUCAGCGAAAUGUUCAAAUUGUUCAAAUUAUGAUAAGUUAUUGAGCGAAAAUGAAAACUUAAAGAAGAAAAUAAAGAAAUUAAAAAUAUUACAAGAAAAAAAGCUAAAUUGGCAAGCAAGCAUAUUUCAUACUAUUAUACGUGACAAAGAAGCUGUGUUGAAGAGAAAAUUGGAAAUAGCUAAAAAUAAAACUAAAACCUUAAACAAAAAUACGAAGCGAAAAGAGAACACUCUCACAAAGUUAAAGAUAUUAUUGGAAUUCUUAGGAAGCAAAAAUAUUUCGAAUGCUGCUGCAUUUAAUUUAAGUGAUGAAUCAGAUGAUUUAUCAGAUACUCUAUUAAAAAAUAUAAAAAGAAAUAAAGCUAAGUUUACAUACAGUCAACAUGAUGAACAUAAUUACGCUUGUUCUGGAGAGUUUCUUUAUACUUAUGAAGGAAUGAAUUGGCGUAUGUUUAAUAUAAGCUGUAAGCCUGUUUAAUAUAAGAUUAAACAUAUUUUAUAAAGACUAAAAAAUAAUUAGUGUCAAA